AUAAAUAUUAUUAUAUUUAAGUGAUAGAUAACGUAUGAUAAAAUACUGAUAAACAUGCGCGAUAAGUUGAUAGUAUGUAAAAAAGCUUAACAUUACAUUAUAAUAAUGUUAGGAAUACACCAUGGCCACAGUGAAUAAAGAAUUAACGCUAAUCCAAAAAAGUAUCCCUCACAUCCAACAACGAUACAACUGGGAUUGUGGGGUGACUUGCGUCCUCAUGGUACUCCCUGAAGAUGACAGAAACGACUUUCUGACAAACUUUUCAAAAAUAUGUGAAGAAGAGGGUUUUGGACAAACUACGUGUACUAUUGAUCUCUGCCAUUUACUAAAACGAUAUAAUAUUGAGCAUUGCAUGUACACAAUAAGUCAGUUACCUAAUAAACGAACACUUAGAACUUUUAGUAAUACUGUAAGUAAGACAGCAGUUCGAAUAUGUAAAAGAUUUGCCAACGCGUCCAUUGAUGGAAUUAAGGUUGUUGACGCUGUUCUCUCUACAAAAGAUAUAUUAUCUCACGUAACUAGCAAGGGACCCGCCAUUGUACUCGUGGAUGCUGCUUUAUUAUCCUGUGAUCUUUGUAAACAUAACAAGCUUACAUCAGAGUUUAGACGCAUACUGGGUGGAUCGUAUCGUGGGCACUAUAUCGUGGUUGUCGGAUGGUCGGGUGGCAAGCUGCUGUACCUCGACCCCGCACGACCGGCUCCGCUCUGUGCCACCGUACCCGCACGACUGCAGAACUCAAGACUGGCUCCGGCCACGGAUCGUGAUAUUAUUUUAAUCUAUUGUGAUUACAGAUGAUAAUUCGAAUUAAUAAAUA